AUGACGACGAUGCAGAAAGUGGACGCCACGCUGGCGCGGUUUGACCGGAAGUCUCCGCGUGCGGCGUACGCACAGAUUUGCGAGGAGAUGGGCAUUCACCCGCAGAAGAGCUUGAGUCUACUGCUCAGUGACGCCCCUCGUGACUGGGAUAAACACCGCGUGCUCGAAUGCAAAAAUUUUAUUCUUGGUCCGAAGGGCUGCAUGGCGCUGGUGCCCGUGCUGCUCUGCAGUCGUUCCCUGCGCCGUGUGAGUCUGCCUGGUUGCCAUGUCACUGACGAGUUUGUCGCCCAGCUGGCGGAGACGCUGCAGGACCAUCAGUGCAUCCGCAGCGUGGACCUGAGCGACAACCCACUUGUGACAGUGUACAGCGCGGACCCUAUCAUCAAGCUGCUGCGAGUGAAUAAAAACAUCGUGCGAUUUUCUCUUGAGGGGACGCACAUCGGCACCAACGUGGCCAACCUCAUCAACGAUCUCUGCGACAAGAACCACGAGGAGGUUGCGAACUACUUUGCGGACGACUACUUUCGCAUGAAGAAUAUCUUCAACUAUCUUGAUGGGGACGGUUCCGGCUGGGUUUCACUGCGCGGACUUGUGCUCAACGCGCCCUUCCCGGUGUUGCAGGAGCAGCUCAUUGAGCGCGUAGCUCUUCGACGGCCACGAAAACGCUCCGAUGGCACCAUAUCCGUCAAUACCUUUCUUGAGCUUGUGUACUACAACUACAAGACAGAUGUGGAGAUUGCGAAGCGGGCGAAGGAGGCGGACACCGAAUACUACAACAUUAUUGUCAACUGGAAGCGUCUCUUGGAUGCGAUGGAGGGCGACGGUAAGAAGGAGAUGAAUGAGCUGAAGAAGCAGAGAAGGAACGAGGAGGACGACGAUGAGGAAGAGGAAGAGGAAUCCAUGACGGAUGUUCCCUUGCCGGGGAAGCUGCCCGUUCUACCGCCGGAGGAUCUUUUUCGUCUGCGCAUCCGCUCUCACGAAAUUCGCCCAUCGGAGGCCCGCGAGAUUGUUGUGGCGGCCAUGAAGCUGCAGAUUGACGCCGAUGCCCGAUGCCUGGCGGAGGCGGAGGAGGAGGAGGCUGAGGCUGCGAGGGCUGCGGGUAGCGACGACAAGAAGGAGAACACCGAGGGCGCGGCAAGCGGGGAGCAGCGGGUGGUGCGGCUUUCCAUCCCGUGCCUGCGUCGGGCGUACCGCUCCGUCUUGCAGCCGGAGCCCCUGCCAAGGCGCUUCCGCUUUCUGCAGGAGCACGAGGAGGACUACAUCCCGCCCAUGAUGCGCGCUGGCUCACGGCUCAUCAGUAUCUCAAAGUUGUCGUUUCUCGACAGCUUCCGCUCCUCUGGCGGCGGCAGUUUCGUGUCGCAGGAUGAGAGUUUGGGGAUCAACCCGGAUGAAACCCACACCCGCUGGUGGGGACUACCGCCCGCCGUCGUGCGGCUCGCGACGAAGUUUUUUAACAAGCAGGUUGCAAAAAUGCCAAAGAGGCGGCAGUCCAAACUUGUCAUCUCGCCUCGCACCCAACGCGACAACGCGAUGCAAAAGGCGGCCAUCCCCGUGACGGCAUUUCUUGGCACGAAGUUCGUGACUGACUUGGAGACUAUUCACCCCCGGCUGCUGGCGGAUAAAUUCCUGCAGUACAGCAUCCCCAUCGACGUCUCCACGAUUACCCUGCAGGAGAUCGUCAACUGCCUGAACGAGUACUACGUUGAGGUGAGUGUGGACAAGGUGUUCACGCUGGAUCAGAUACGCAACAUGCCCGUGCCCACCGUGCAAGAUACUCAAUCAUCGACUGGGAACGCAAAAACCGAGAUGAGCAUCCUCGAUGAAAUCUAA